AUGAAGAAGAAGAUUAACAUUGAGAUGUGGUGCACGGUUCUGGCCGUGGAGGACAUGUUCCGCGACCAGCUCUUUCUCCGCAAGGCGGCCACGGAGAUGGGCGUGUUUUUGCCCACGCCCAUGGCCGCCUUGCUGGACCUGACCGACAGGCGCAAAGUGGUGCCAGCAAAGCUUGAAUUGAGGCACUCGUCUCCGAAGCAAAGGUCCGAGCGAUCCCGCUCCCGUGGCAGGCCGACAGAGACAGAGUUUCCCGUGGACGAGGUGGAGUUCAGCCAAGACUCCAUCGGGCGGCGCUUCAGAUGUGGCCGGGAAAUCCGACACACGGUGAGCGAACUUCUAUGCGGAGAGGUAAAGCCUGACAGGGACAGCUUCAUGAUCUUGAAUGCUGUGAGGGUCGGGCAGCGCAUCAUUUGUCGGAACAACCGGCGACUUUGGGCGCUGCGAGAAUUCCAGCGGCUGAAGCGCCGGGGCAAAAGCGACUUCCAGGUCAAGGUCAGACUGAGAGUUGUGCAGUACCACGAUCCGCUCUUCGUGAACUUCGUGGAGUCACGAGCUCCGCGCAAGCAGGAGAUGCCACGCGAAAGGGAGGACCACGAAGCAGAAGACGAUGCCAGGGUGAGAGCUGAGGAUGCCCUCGAACUCAUGCUGCAAGAGCAAGACAGGAACGAGGAUCAGAGAACAGAGGAGCCAGUCGCGGAGCCGGAAAAGGACGCCUUCACCUGCAGGCGGCAGGCGACGCGAGCGGGGCUGUCGCUUGUGGCCGGCUGGGCAGCCUUUGCUGUGCCCGGGCGUGUACUGUCCGUGCUGCGCCGCAGUGCGGGAAGAGGAGCUGUCCGAUGGCCUCGGCGUUUGAUGCUUGCGAUGGUUCCUGCAGUGCCGGCGGCUGCGGAGGCAAAGGGCAACCCGUUUCUGCUGCUACAAGAUGGAAUGGAGGCUUUCCGGCAAGCCCGCGUGGAAGACUCCGUGAAGCUGUUCGACGAAGCGGCUGAAUCUGGGUUCCCCAAGGCGAGACUGUGGCAACGGGGCCUGUCACUGUACUAUGCUGAGCGCUUUGCGGAUGGCACCGAGCAGUUCCGUAAGGAUGUGGACCUGAACCCCAACGACACCGAAGAGUCGAUUUGGGCCUUUCUCUGCGAAGCCAAGAUGCAAGGCUUCGACCAGGCGCGGAAGCAGAUGCUGACCGUGGGCCAGGACCCCAGGCCCGUGAUGCGAAACGCCUACGCCUUGUUUCGGGGCGAUGAUGACGGGAAGUACCUGGAGACCAUGGAGAACCUCGCAGAGAGAUCUGGAUCCGACUGCUUCUAUGCGUCCUUGUACUUGGGCCUUUUCUAUGAGGCCAAGGCGGACUCCGCGAAGGCCAAGGAGUGGCUGCUGAAGGCGGUGGAUUCCUCCUACGGCCGCAGCAGCAACGACUACAUGGCGGACUUGGCGCGGGUCCAUGCCCUGCGCCGCGGCUGGCGGUCUGAGCUCUGA